ACCGGAAGUGGAGGUGCAGGGUUCCCAUGAGGCAGCGCGGGUGCGUAUUCAAACUGCACCGAGAGGAGGGGGGAAGUCGUGAUGGCGUCGCUGGAGCCGGAAGUAAAGCAGUCGGCUGCAGUCCGUGAUUUAGAGUGGUGUGAGAAGUCGGAGGAAACUCACGACCCCCAGAUAGAACUGCUUGAGACUAUCUCCACCCAAGAGCCUUCCAACCCUUCGGAGCCCCGUCGCCCCAGAGACUGCAUGGUGCCUGUGGUGUUUCCCGGGCCUGUGAGCCAGGAAGGCUGCUGUCGGUUUACUUGUGAACUUCUAAAGCAUAUCAUGUACCAACGCCAGCAACUCCCUCUGCCCUACGAACAGCUUAAGCACUUCUACCGAAAACCUUCUCCCCAGGCAGAGGACAUGGUAAAAAAGAAACCCCGAGCCACUGCUGAGGCAAGCAGCAGGAAAUGCCAACAAACCCUGGCAGAACUGGAGAGUGUCCUCAGCCACCUGGAGGGUCUCUUUGCCCGGACACUAGUGCCACGAGUGCUGAUCCUCCUGGGGGGCAGUGCCCUUAGUCCUAAGGAGUUCUACGAACUUGACUUGUCCCGCCUGGCCCCCCACAGCAUGGAUCCGAGUGUGAGCACAGCAGCUUGUUUGCGCCGCCUCUUCAGAGCCAUUUUCAUGGCUGAUGCCUUCAGUGAGCUGCAGGUUCCUCCACUCAUGGGCACCAUUGUCAUGGCACAGGGUCACCGCGACUGUGGAGAAGAUUGGUUUCGACCCAAGCUCAACUAUAGAGUGCCCAGCCGGGGCCACAAACUGACUGUGACCCUGUCCUGUGGCCGACCUGCCAUCCCAAGCAUGGCCUGGGAAGAUUACAUAUGGUUCCAGGCACCAGUGACACUGAAAGGCUUCCACGAGUGAAUGGGAAUGCUUCCUAAUUGUGAACACAAUGGCUAAAUUAUUUGUCCCCCAUGGCUCCGUUACCCAUCUCUUGCUCAGAGCUAGUUACUUCCUGCCGAGAGGAAGAUUCUAUCCUUCUGGCUGCCUGCUUCCCUUCCUCAGACUUCCCAAUGGGCUGCUGGUAUGCCUGGGGCUUUAAUAACCAUCAUUGAACAAGCAUCUCUUUGAAUCACAGGUAGAUUUUCCUAGAGGGUGCUAGGUCAGGUAUUUCUGUUUGGGGUUAGAAAGCAAACAUGGCCCGUAGACAGAUACCCCUGUGGAGGUGGCCCUUUUCUACUUUUUGCUAUGGUCUUUCAGAAUUUUUAUCAGAGGCAUAAUGUGGCUGUGACUUAAAUUUAAAUAUAAAAUGAAUGGAUUCAUAUUACAUUUUCCUGGAACUUUAAAGAGACUUUCCAGGCUUGAGGCUAGAAUAUUUUGUCUUUCUCUUUGGCCUCUUAUGCUUCAGGGCUUCCAGGAUUUUUAAAUUAAUAGUUCUUUCUCUUCAUCAGCCCUAGGCCAGUCUGGAAAGUUAACUGACUUGGCCAAGGUCUAUAACAGUUUAUAUCAGAGUUGGGACUAGAGUCUUCAUCAGCUGACUCCUAGCCUGAGGCAUACUCGUUCCUUGCCACAUACUGGUUUUUGUGACCAGUGUGUGACCAGUAGAGAAUGUGUGCCGAAGGCGACACAGGGAAGGUUACACAGGGAAAGGGGGCUGAGAAACUGGGCUGAGUCGAGAAGGCUAAGAGGGUCUUUGCAAAGCUUGAUUGAACCAUAGGCUGAGGCACCAGGAUUGCCCUGUAAGGAGCACCUUCCUGAGGCCAAAUGUCCCAUCUGGAAUUCUGCCCACCUGUCUUUGUAGCAGUUGUGUGAAUCCUCACCCUGCUGGUGUUGGAGAUAGGAGUGUGUAUGUGUGUGUGUGUGCGUACAUGGGAACAGUAUAAAUAUAUACUAUUUUUUAUGUUUUAAGAAGAGUGUGUUUUUAUGUUUUAAGAAAUCAUAAAAAGUAGUUUAUAUUUUAUAGUAUGUUUUAAGCACUUUACAUACAUUAUCUAAUCUGAUAACCUUGCAAAGUUCAUGACUCCUCGUUUUAUAGAUGAGGCUUUGGGAGAUUGGAUAACUUGCAUAAGUAUAGAAACCUGGAUUCAAACCCAGUCCAGCUGGUUCCAGAGGCUGAGCGCUUUACACUGUACUGUACCUUCUGUGUGACUUUAUUCUGAAAUAACGGAACAAGGUUUGCACUGCUGAAGGUGGUAACAUUGGAAAGCUGCAGGACUUCCCUCUCUGGCUUCAGGUUGUGUUUCCUGACAUGGAAUCUGCCGUUUAUUGGUGCUGAGUAAAUAUGGAUCAAUGAAAACAAA